AAACUUCUUUUUAAAUCUCUGAAGCUGGUCCCCCCCCCCGCCUGCCUCUUUUCCCAGCCGGUUCCUCCCCCCCCCGUCUCUCCCUGGGUGGCCUCUACUGGGGGUGGGGCUCUCCUAGCAGCCCCGCCCCUUGGUCGGUGGAGCUCAGAUGCGCCCUGCUGCUACUCAGAGGAGACCUUUCCCGGGACUGAGCGGAGAUCUCCAGCGUCAGCGCCAAAGCCCCCCCCUCGUCCCCUCCUUCGAUUUUCCUCAGGACCAAGAAUGUCUUCUGAGUCGGCUUCCCCGCACGAGCGCUCUCCGCCACCAGGGGUUCUCAGGCUCCCAGAAGGCCGCCGGGUGAGGGAGCGCUCCCCUUCUCCAAUGCGGGGUUAUCUCAUCCCUAGCCCGCUUCCAACCCGGAGGACUCGGACAUAUUCUGCCACGGCGAGAGCUUUGGAUGGGCCCACCUACAAGGGGACCUGCAAGUGUUUCUGCCGUUCCAAGGGACACGGUUUCAUCACCCCGCAGGACGGCGGGCCGGAUAUUUUUGUGCACAUUUCCGACAUCGAAGGGGAAUACGUCCCGGUGACUGGCGACGAGGUCACUUACAAAGUGUGCCCCAUCCCACCCAAGAAUGAGAAGCUGCAGGCCGUGGAGGUGGUCAUCACUCACUUAGCUCCCGGGACAAAACACGAGACGUGGUCGGGGCACGUGGUCAGCUCCUAGAGGGUUCCUCUGCUGGAGACUCAUCGACUGGGGACGCGCAAGGAAGAUCUUUAGUCAACAACAGAGAGAGACUGAAGUCCGGCAAAUGAGCUUUCUGUAUAUUGAGUGAGGUGAAACAUUAUAACGGGGUCAAAAGAUGGCCAGAGAACCCCUUCGCUUUUGGGUGUGUUUUUAAAAAUUUAAACAAUAUUCGCAGAAAGAGAAGACACUUUAAAAAGGUGGUAAGAGCGGUGGAAAUGUCUUGUGUGUGCUUUCCACCAGCAGAACUUCUGGGCUUUCCACCCAGUUGAUGGGGUAGAGAAGAACAAGGUUGUAAGCCACCAAACUAAAAUUUGUUGAGUUCACUCCUGCAACCUUAAGUUCUGAUGGAGUUUCCGAAAUUUUCUGGUCGAUUGUUAGUCGCAGCAGCGUCCUGGAGGAAGGAAGACGGAAUCCUUGCUCUGAAGGCUCAUUUCCCUUUGUGAAACCAAAAAUGGUUUUACAAAAUUACUCUUUUCUGUGCCUUGCGGGCUCUUGGGCCUAGCGGCAUCUGUGACCGCAAUGCUGAGGAAACCCUUGAGCUGGCGGGAAUGUUUCACUUCUCUGCUUUGUGCCUGGUUUUGUUUUGUUUUGGGCGGGGGGGUUGCAAAGGCUCAAAUACUCCCUGCCUUGACUUACCGUAAUAUAAACAUUUCGUAAAAAAGAUACGAAUGUCUGAAAUGGUUGGUUGGAGUUGUGAGCCGAAGAAACCGUGUUCUUUAAUUGCUUUCCGAGAAAGAUCUGUAUAUAACACAACCAGGUUUCUCUUCCUCAAACUGGACAGGGCUUAGAAUCCUUGUUUUCAGAUGGCAAAAUAUCGCCAGCUAACCUUUUAAUGUUUAUCCUAGAAUGAAAUUCUUACUUCCAGGAGGCUUGGUAGAGAAACCCGAUUCACUUGCAUUUCAGGGCUGAAUUUUGCUUGGCUUUUUUCUUUUUUGUCUGGUAGAGAAUGUUCUGAACCGUGUUUGUUCCUUUCUAAGACUUCGCCCAGCUGGAUACUUUGGGGCGGAAGAUAUUAAAAGUUUGGAAUCAA